CUCCUUCACUGUGACUCUGCAAAACAGCAGGGCGGUGGCGGUGACGAUGGCGAUGGCGGGGCCAGGAGGAAGCAGAGGGGCCCGGCUGGGUGCUGUGCUGCUCCGGGCAGAGCGGCAGGCUCGGCUGGGUGGACAAGAGGAAGGACGAAGCCAGCUCCUGGCAGCAGCCAUGGCCGAGGCUGGGGACCGCAGCAUCCACACGCAGCACAUCUCGGCCGUGCACAACGUGCCCAUGCGUGUCCUCAUCCGGCCCAUCCCCGCGGAGCUGGAGCCGGGAAAGGUGCAGAGCCUGGUGGAGACCCUGCAGGAGGAUCCCGAGCGGGUGCCCCCCAUCGAUGUGCUCUGGAUCAAGGGCAGCGAGGGGGGGGAUUACUUCUACUCCUUCGGGGGCUGCCACCGCUUUGCCGCCCACAGGGCCCUCAACCGGGAGACCAUCCCCGCCAAGAUCAUUCCCUCCACCCUCAGCGACCUCCGCACCUACCUGGGCUCCUCCACGCCCCACCUGCGCUAGCCCGGCACCCCGGUGGGUGCACGGCCCGCCGCAAGCCCCCCCGGCCCCGUGGGUCCCCGUGGGCUGAGCUGGGCCUGAUCCUGGGUCCCGGUCAGCCUCCGCUGAGGAUGGGGUCAGCGUGUCCCGGCCCUGGAGGUGGUGGGGGGGGGUCCCCGGGUCCCUGCGGGGCCGGGCUCUCCCCGCGCCCCCCCCGGCCG